AUGCCCCACAGCGCCGAAAUAUGGGUGCGACAGCUGUGGCAAGGAAGUGGGAACACGGGGUGGCAGUGUCGGGGGUCUGGGGGAGCAUGGGCUUGAUUGGGGGUUGCUUCAGAAAGCGCAAGACGGCGGGUCUUUCUCUCUUGGUGUGACCGGUGGCAGUAUCGAUCAGCAAUGCCGCAAAGACGUUUGUGCGCCGAAAUAUGGGUGCGACAGCUUUAACCUAACCACUUCGGUGGAAAGCGGAUUUCUGUUCGAUACGGUGUCGGGAGUGCUGAAGGGGGGAGGGCUUGGCCCUUGUGGUUGCAGGUGGUAAGGAAGUGGGAACAGGGGGUGGCAGUGUCGGGGGUCUGGGGGAACAUGGGCUUGAGUGGG